UUAUAAGACGAAUUUAUUUAAAUACGACCGAAAAAGCAACAGCUCCCAGUGUUAUAUGUGAGCUUUUAACCAAACUGACGCGCAAAGGAACGGAAUUUAAUAAAAUCAAAAUAUACCGACUCAACACGCGUGUUAUUCUUUCAACAUGAAUUACAUUGUGAUAAUUCUUGUGGCUGUGGCUACAUCAAUGGUUUCAUCACUUCCAGCACAAAAUCAAAAUACUCGAUUACGCUUCAUGCGGAAAAGGUCCGUUUCUUCUAAUUUGGAUUUUGAUUACGAAGAAGAAGCAUUUUUGCCGACUACUAUAACAACAACAACCCAAACAUCAACUACAGUUAUAGCUCGUACAAUUCCAACAAAAAAAUAUCCUCCUGCUAAUCAGGGAAACUCUACAGUUGCAAAAAGACCAAAAAAUGUUUCAACAAAGCUAGAUUUUGGUACUGAAUUAACAGCAACUACCGUAACCAAACCCACGAUGCCGACGACGACAACUAUGUCAGCAAAAACUACAACAACAGAACUUCUAACGACGACAAAACUACCACCAACCACAACAACUAUGAGGGAAUUCACCACGAUCAGUUCAGUACCUCGAACUAAAACUUCUACUGAUUUUGAGAAUGACAAUUCUAAUACACAUCACACAAUAACAACUACAACAAUAAAACCAACGAUAAUGACUAUUGAUUCAACAACAAGGGCAGUAGUCAUAAAAGAACCAGAUGAAGUGUCCAAAGAUACUGUGAUUUUAACAUCAAGCACUGUUCCUUCUAUACUGCAAACUGAAUCUCCAACACAAUCCAAAAAGGAAAGUUUUAAUACAGAUCCCACCGCAACAGCCUCGACCACCAUGCCAUCGACGACAGUUAUGAGGGAAUUAAAUACGAUCAGUUCUAUACCCCAAACUGAAACUCCUUCGCAGUCUAAAAAUGAGAAUUUCAUCACAAAUCCCAUGAAAACCAUUAUCACAACACAACCAACAACUAUCGAAGCAUCAACGACUAGUGCAGUGAUUGAAAAUAAACCAGAUGAAGUGUCUAAACAUGAAGAAAAUACUAUGAUUUCAACAUCAAGCACUUUUCCUUCUAUACCUCAAACUGAAUUCCCAAUUCAAUCCAUAAAUGAAAGUUCAAGCUCAAAUCACACAUGCGAUCCAGGCCAUAUUCAAGCAUCGUCAAGCGUUCUUAAUGAAAUUGGAAACUUGUGUAAUGCAACAGUGAAAGAGGCGCCGAAUAAAGAUGAACCAACUCACAUUAAGAUCGAGCCCUAUGACAAUAAUGUAUCACCGGAAGAUAAUGCACCAACCUCAACUAUUCUACCAGACGAAUUAAAUACGAGCCAAAACAAAGGUGGAGUUCCAAGUGCUACACAGUCCAAUAUACUUGACCAAGUUGCUGAGUCCUGCUUCGAAGCAACAGAUGAACCAAACGAUAAAAGGAAAAAAUGCACGACAUCAUACACCACAGAACCGACAACGAACGUUAUGAGGGAUUUGAGCACGAUCAGUUCACAAAAUGAAAAUAUCAACACAGAUCCUACAAAAACAAUAGUCACAGUACAACCAACGACAAGUAUAAUGAUCGAAAAUAAACCACAAGAAGUGCCAAAAGAUCAGGAAAAUACUGUAAUAUCUACAUCAACUACGAUCUCUACUUUAGCUGAAACUACACCUCAGUCUAGAGAGGAAAAUUCAAGCUCAAGUCACACGUGCGAUCCAGGUCACACUCAAGCAUCAUCAAGCGUUCUCGAGGAGAUUGGAAACUUGUGUAAUGCAACAGUGCAAGAGGCGCCAAAUAAAAAUGAACCAACUCACAUUAAGAUUGACCCCUAUGACAAUAUUGCAUCACCAGAAGAUAAUGCACCGACAUCAACUAUUCUACCAAAUGAAUUAAAUACAAGCCAAAACAAAGGCGGAGAUACGAUUGUAACACAGCCCAAUAUACUAGAUCAAAUUGCCGAGUCCUGCCAUGAAACAACAGAUGAACCAAACGAUAAUAGUAAAAAAUGCAAAACUUCGUAUACGACAGAAUCGACAACGAUCGUUACAAUGGAACUGAGCACCAUAUCAAAGACGGUUAUAAGGGAAUUAGACACAAGUUCUAUCACAACUCAACCAACAACUAUCGAAUCAUCAACGACUAGUGCAAUGAUUGAAAAUAAACCAGAAGAAGUACCUAAGCACGAAGAAAAUAUUAUGAUUUCAACAACAAGCACUAUGCCUUCAAUACCUCGAACUGAAUCCACAACUCAGUCCAAAAAUGAAAAUUCAAGCUCAAGUCACACAUGCGAUACAAGCAACACUCAAGCAUCAUCAAGCGUUCUCGAGGAGAUUGGAAACUUGUGUAAUGCAACAGUGCAAGAGGCGCCAAAUAAAGAUCAACCAACUCACGUUAAGAUUGACCCCUAUGACAAUAAUGCAUCACCAGAAGAUAAUGCACCGACCUCAACUAUUCUACCAAAUGAAUUAAAUAUAAGCCAAAACAAAGAUGGAGAUACGAUUGUAACACAGCCCAAUAUACUUGAUCAAAUUGCCGAGUCCUGCCAUGAAACAACAGAUGAACCAAACGAUGAAAGUAAAAAAUGCAAUACACCUGAAAACAAAGAAGAUGUAACUACGACUCUAAUUCAUACAGAGUCUUCAACCAUGCCAAGUAUGGUCAAAGAAACUAAACAAAAUACAAGCAGUACUUCGACCGAAACAACGGUAGUUCAUACAGAGUUGCCAAGUACCUCAAGUGUGACCAAAGAAACUUCAGCAAUUACAACCAGUUCUCCGAUCCAAACGAUUGAAAUUCAUACGGAGUUGUCAACCAUGCCAAGUAUGGACAAAGAAACUUCACCCAAUACAGCCAGUCCUCCGAUCGAAACGACUGUAAUUCAUACGGAGUUGUCAACUACACCACGUAUAGCUAAAGAAACAUCAACAAAUACAAGCAGUACUUCGAUCGAAAUAACAGAGAUUCAUACGGAGUCACCAACUACAUCAAGUGUGACCAAAGACAUUUCAGCAAUUACAACCAGUACUUCGAUAGAAACAACAGUAAUUCAUACGGAGUCAUCAACUACUUCAAGUAUGGCCAAAGAAACUUUACCCAAUACAGCCAGUCCGAUCGUAACGACUGAAGUUCAUACGGAGUCGUCAAGUACAACAAAUUUGGUCAAAGAAACUUCACCCAGUACAAGCAGUACUUCGAUCGAAACGGCUGUAAUUCAUACGGAACCGUCAACUUCGCCAAAUAUAGCUAAAGAAACAUCACCAAAUACAAGCAGCUCCCCGAUCGAAACAACGGUAAUUCAAACAGAAUCAUCCACCAAUUCGAACGAGGUAUCUGUGCAAAAAGAGAAUAUACCAGAAAAUGGAGCGACUAAAUUGCCUGAGCAAAAUGUAGUAAUUUCAACAACAUUUGGUAAUGAAGUCACAAAAAAUGAUACAGUUUUUAUACCGGGAGAAAGUACUACCACAAUAGCACCAUCGACAAUCAGUUCACAUUCCAAUGCGAAUCAAGCAGUUAAUGAAAUUAAUAACAAUCAAAAUGAAAAAGAACAAGGUUCAACAACCGUUGAUUCAGAAAAAGAUUCAACAAGAACAUUUAAAAACUCAAUUAGUGUUACUUUUUCACUCCUCUUUAUAAUAUUAUUAUCUAACUAUUUCCAUUAG